CAUCCAAUGCAGGGUAUGCACUACCCACCACCUCCCAAUGGCUACAACGGACCACAACACGGCACAGCAUACGACCGACCACCGUCAAUGGGUGCUCCUCCCGGAUCGCAGUACGGCCAAUACCCUCCGUCAGGUGCCUACCAGCAUACCUAUCCUCCGCCACCGACCAACCAUCAGUCCGGCUACUCGGGCUACCAACCUCCACCACUCCAACAAUCCUCCCCAUACCCCUCCGCAACGCCACAGUCCCACGAGCAGAGGCCCGCGCCUGCACCCGCGCCACCUUCCGCCGUCGAGCCAGAUCUCGUCGCGAGGAAGGAAAGCCCACGCCCCGACACAUCAUCCGCACCUCAACCCUCAUCACCAACAAGCAAACCCGACGCCCAAGCAACAUCCGGCGCAUCACAACCCCCCGCCUCCGGCCAGACCAUCCCCAGCAUCUCGGCCAUGCUCAACGCGGGUGCUGACGGUGUGCCGCCUCCUCGCGCGAGCAGUCGUAGUCCCGGUGGUACUGCGCGAGGUGCGCUGCAGGACAUUCCGAGCCACAAACUUGGUUUCGAGGCGAGUCGCGAUGUGCAGGCGUUGAGAAAUCUCGACAAGACGACUUUCAAGCAGUACUAGCUGUGGGCGCGCAACCAGACAUGAGCAAUUGAACGGAUUCACAGGACUGGUGUAUGG